GUUACGGACCCAUUCUUGUGGCCGGCCCAUAAGUGAACAAUACCAACCAGUGAGUCUGUCUGGAAAACAUACCUUUGUGUCUGUCUGUCUCCUCCACUGAAAAUGGCUUGUGGGUUUUGCUCGCUGCGUCCCACUCUCACUUCCUUACUCUCGUCCCACGCUCUUGCGCUUGCGCCCACUCCACACUGGCCUUCGAGCUCCCUGCGUAUCUCCCGCGCUUUAUCAGCUGCAACUCUUCCAAUUACCUCCUCCUCCUCCUUCUUCACGUGGGAUGACGUCUCCGAGAUCGGUCGGAAGGAGUCUGCGUCUCCUCAAAACGCCUCCUCCGAUCUCACCGGGUUUCUCGAGAAAGUCGACCGCUGCAAUCGAGGAUCCGAAAAGUUAGCUGAGUUCAUACCCUUUGUCAUAGAGGAACAAAUCGUUGGUUAUAUCCAUAAAGGAUUUACGGAGUACUUGAGGGAGUUUCAUGAUACAUUCACGUUUUCAAAGAAUGGUUGCCUUGGUGGUGACUAUGUAACGCUUAAUCUGAUGUUUGAAAAGCCUGAAGAUAGAACAAGAGCUGUUGCAGAUGUGAUCAGGAUCUUGGGUGACAAAGGUAUCAUUCCAGGCAUACGAAAUGAGCUGUAUCCUGUGAAACCAUCUUUUAAUGCUCCCGCCGUUUUUUCGCUAGAGCGUGCUGCUGCUCCUUAUUUCGGAUUAAAGGGAUACGGAGUUCACAUGAAUGGGUAUGUAGAAAGAGAUGGACAAAAGUCUCUAUGGAUAGGAAAGAGAAGUCUCACAAAAUCCACUUAUCCAGGGAUGCUUGAUCAUCUUGUUGCUGGAGGAUUGCCUCACGGGAUUAGCUGCGGUGACAAUCUAGUAAAGGAAUGUGAAGAGGAAGCUGGUAUAUCCAAAGUCAUUGCUGAUAGGGCGAUACCGGUUGGUGCUGUUUCGUACAUGGAUAUUGAUCAGUACUGUUUCAAACGGGAUGUGCUGUUUUGUUAUGAUUUGAAACUCCCUGAGGAUUUUGUUCCCACAAAUCAAGAUGGAGAAGUUGAGAGCUUCAAGUUGAUUCCAGCAGCACAAGUUGCUAAUGUGAUUAGGGAGACUAGUUUUUUCAAGGCGAACUGUUCCCUUGUCAUUAUUGACUUCUUGUUUCGUCAUGGGUCUAUCAGACCAGAAUCAUCUGGUUACUUGGAUCUAUACCGAAGCUUGAGGAAUGGAGAUUGCUCAUAAAGAUGCUACUAUCUUAUUUUUCCUAUCUGAUGUUUGUGCCUUCAUGAUGAUCCAGGAAGUCCAGUGAAGAUUCAUUUAUACUACAAAUGAGCGAAACCAACAGAGAGAUGGUCCAGAUGGCUAAAGUUACUUGCCCAAAGAGUCUCUCAAUGAUAAUACUCCAUUAGAUUAACGAUAAUUGUUGCUUUUUUAUAUUUUACCUCUGUAUUGUCUGCAUGACCUAACAGCCUUUUCCAGAACGAUACAAAAGCUGAUAAUAAUAAUAAAAAAUGGAGAAAAAAGGCCCGCAUGUU